AUGGGAAUCAAUAACGAAGAAGCAAUCAAGCAAUUACGUACUUUAAUGGAAGAUGUUGAUGAAUCACUGAGAGAGUCGUAUCGGAACAUUCAUCAAGGAUAUCCAACGGAGAAUUUGUUACGCUUUCUUAAAGCGAGGGAUUGGAAUGUUCAGAAAGCUCAUAAAAUGUUGAUCGAGUGUUUAGAAUGGAGGGCUGAAAACGAGAUUGAUAAGAUACUGACAAAACCUAUCGUUCCUGUUGACUUAUACCGAGCAAUCAGAGACACUCAGCUUAUCGGUGUGUCUGGUUACUCGAAAGAGGGUCUCCCUGUCAUUGCCAUUGGUGUGGGGCUUAGCACAUAUGACAAAGCCUCCGUUCAUUACUAUGUACAGUCUCACAUUCAAAUGAAUGAGUACCGGGAUCGUGUAGUAUUGCCUUCUGCGUCAAAGAAACAGGGACGACCGAUUUGCACUUGUUUGAAAAUUUUGGAUAUGUCUGGUUUAAAGCUUUCAGCUUUGAGUCAAAUUAAGUUAAUGACUGCUAUAACCACAAUCGAUGAUUUAAACUAUCCGGAGAAGACCGAGACAUAUUAUAUUGUCAAUGUACCGUAUAUAUUUUCUGCUUGUUGGAAAACCAUAAAGCCUUUGUUACAAGAGAGAACAAAGAAGAAGAUUCAAGUGCUAAAAGGCUGUGGAAAAGACGAGUUACUAAAGAUAAUGGACUAUGAGUCUUUGCCACAUUUCUGUAGAAGAGAAGGGUCUGGAUCUGGAAGGCAUAUCUCAAAUGGAACAGUAGACAAUUGUUUCUCUUUGGAUCACCCUUUCCAUCAAGAGCUUUACAGUUAUGUCAAGCAACAAGCUAUGGUUAAAGGUUCAAGUGCACCGAUCAGACAUGGUUCGGUCCACGUUAUGUUCCCUGAGCCAGACACCGAAGGAACCAAGAUCUUCGAUACUUUAGAAUCUGAGUUCCAGAAGCUUGGACAUGAUCAGAAGAUCUGA